CGUUGGUACAGGGCAUGAAUGGUCUGGGAUUCUCGCAUGGAGCGGUGUCAAUUUGGUGAUUUCAUCUCCCAGGAGUCUUGAGAUCUUUUUCUCGUUGCCAGCUUUUCCCUCUUCCCACACCACUUUCCUGUUCACUGAGCACCUGUACUUGCAACAAGGUAUGUCAAGAUUCGCCAUCUUGUCUGUCUGAAUCCAACAACGAUGGCAUCGGUGACUGCAGAGCCCAAUUCCGGCUGGGUCCAGUACCGAGUUACCCAAGCAUUGCGCGCAGUGGUAGGCCACGCGUGUCGACGUCCCAUUCAUACUCUGCUCGUGACUGCCCUUGUCGCCGCAACAACUUAUCUCCAGGUGCUGGAGGGGGCUUUUCAAGCAGCGAACACGUCGCAGAUAUCGCCUUUCGACGUUCGAUCGUUUCUCUGGGGUAGCCGUAGUCUCCAUCUCGGGGAGAAGAGCUCGUGGAGAUGGCAGAACGAGGUGUCUGCAGCCAACGGUCAUGGCCAGGUUGACCACCACUGGGCCCUCGUCACACUCAACUUUCCAGAAGUUCCCGCCGAGAGCAGCCCUCCCGCCAUCUUGUCCCAGUCCGUCGAAGCCGAGCCGAUCUCCCCGACUUCGAAUUUCUUCACCUCCUUCUUCGAUGAGAUUUCUCUGGCAUAUCAGGUUCCUUACAAUCAAUUGGGCAAAUUUCUGGGAGAUAUUCAAGUAAUCGCAGCGGGUGAUGAAGAUAUAACGUGGGCGGUCCAGUGCCCCCGCGGAGAGCGCAAGCCCCUCUCGCUGGGCGGCUGGGUCGGCAACGCAUGGCCAUCGUUCCUGCACCGGGCCCAGCACGCCGAAACAGUAGAUAUGAUCAUCAUUGGGCUCGGAUAUUUGGCUUUGAACAUGACCGUAGUCUCGCUGUUCCGCGCGAUGCGUCACCUGGGGUCGCGUGUCUGGCUGGCAAGCUCCGUCAUACUGUCAGGGGCAUUCGCCUUCGUACUGGGGCUCGGGGUUACGACCACCUGCGGUGUCCCGAUAGACGCGCUGCUGCUCUCAGAGGGUAUUCCCUUUUUGGUGCUGACGGUGGGAUUCGAGAAGCCCAUCCGGUUCACCCGUGCGGUGCUCUGUGCGUCCAAGGGAUCUGCUCGCGGACGGCAGCAGGACAGUCAGCUCAACUCGAUCCCUACCACCAUGCAGACGGCCAUCAAUGCACAAGGCUGGUCGAUCGUCCGCUCAUACCUUCUGGAGAUCGGAGCCCUCGCACUGGGAGCGGCCCUGCGGCCACACGACCGGUUCGGCCAGUUCUGCUUCCUGGCGGCGUGGACACUGCUCUUCGACGCCGUCCUGCUCUUCACUUUCUACGCGACCGUCCUCUGCAUCAAGCUGGAGAUCACGCGCAUCCGGUGUCCAGACACACUCCACCAGGCGGACGAGCGGCGUGGCCCUCGUAUGUUCGGAUACAAGGUCAAGCCGGCGAACGUGGCGCGCUGGAAAUCGAUGAUGGUGAGUGGUUUCGUGCUGGUCAACGUGCUGCAACUCUCGUCAUUUGCGUUUCGCAUCCUGGGAGGCUUUAUGACGAACCCCUCGCUUAUGCCGACGGCCGUCAGCCCGUUCAAGGUGGCCGCCAGCGGACUCAAUGAUAUCUACCUGGCGGCCCGCGCGGCAGGCAUCGAGACGCGCGUGACGGUGCUCCCUCCUAUCCGAUAUACACUCCAUGCUGCCUCCUCGGCAACGAAACGGGCUGACGGGGUUCUCACAGGACUCGAGAGUCCAAUGGCUCGACUGUGUCUGAUCGGCGCGUUGGUCGUCAGUCUCAUCCUCAACAGCCACCUAAUGCAUGCCGCGCGCUGGCAUGCUGCCGACGCAGCAAACGCGUCCGCUGCACCUUCUACCACGAAUCCCGUAGCCCCUAGCUCCGGCCCUCAACCCCGCAGUCCAGAAGAGACGGAAGCUCUGCUUAAAUCCGACCAGGCGAAAUCACUAACCGACGAGGAACUAGUCACUCUCUGCCUCCGCGGCAAAAUUGCAGGCUACAGCCUAGAAAAAACCCUGGAAAACAUAGCCCCAGGCUCAUCCAGACUCGAAGCCUUCACCCGCGCCGUGCGCAUCCGGCGCGCCGCCAUCUCGCAAACCCCGUCAACCGAAUCCCUCAGUCAGGGCGUCCAGGACUCUCUCCUCCCCUACCGUGACUACAACUACGAGCUCGUGCACGGUGCCUGCUGCGAGAAUGUGAUCGGCUACCUGCCGCUCCCGCUGGGCCUCGCAGGGCCGAUGCUCAUUGACGGACAGGCGUAUUUCAUCCCGAUGGCCACGACAGAAGGCGUGCUGGUCGCCAGCGCCAGCCGCGGCUGCAAAGCCAUCAACGCAGGCGGCGGCGCUAAGACCAUGCUGAAGGGCGACGGCAUGACGCGGGGCCCAUGUCUAGGGUUCCCCUCGGCCUCGCGCGCCGCCGAAGCGCAGCGCUGGGUCGAGUCCCCGGCGGGCCACGCAGUGUUGACCUCUGCAUUCAAUGCGACCAGCCGCUUCGCCCGCCUCCAAACCCUAACCGUCGCGCAGGCCGGCACCUACCUGUACAUCCGGUUCCGGACGACCACCGGCGACGCGAUGGGCAUGAACAUGAUCUCGAAAGGGGUCGAGGCGGCGCUGCACGCCAUGACCGCCCACGGAUUCCCGGACAUGCAAACCAUCACCCUGUCCGGGAACUUUUGUGCGGACAAGAAAUCUGCGGCGGUGAAUUGGAUCGGCGGACGCGGGAAGUCGGUCAUCGCGGAGGCCACCAUUCCUGCGGAUACUGUUCGGAGGGUGCUGAAGACGGAGGUCGAUGCGUUGGUCGAGCUCAACACGGCCAAGAACCUUGUGGGCAGUGCGAUGGCGGGCAGCAUCGGAGGGUUCAAUGCCCAUGCGUCGAACCUCGUGCAGGCGGUGUUUCUGGCCACCGGCCAGGAUCCCGCCCAGAAUGUGGAGAGUAGUAGCUGUAUUACUACGAUGAAGAAUAUAAACGGCAACCUGCACAUCGCCGUCUCCAUGCCCACAAUGGAAGUCGGGACGAUCGGAGGCGGCACGAUUCUCGAGGCGCAAGGUGCCAUGCUGGAUUUGCUGGGAGUGCGCGGCGCCCAUCCCACCGACCCGGGCGCGAAUGCCCGCCGCUUGGCCCGGAUUGUUGCUGCUGCGGUGCUGGCGGGCGAGUUGAGUACUUGCUCGGCGCUGGCAGCCGGCCACUUGGUGAACGCGCAUAUGCAGCAUAAUCGGAGUGCUGCGGCAUCGGGAAAGAAAUAGCUUCGCGAUGAGGGAGGAUAUAAAUGGGGUAAAGUUGUAUUUGUUGUUCUCAUUCCUUCAUGCAUGACGAGUGUACAGUAGAUUAGAGUACAGGUUAUACUGAGAAUUUGAGUGGAUGAUCAUGGAAUGGAGGAGACUCGCAUGCACCUGUACCAUCACUCUGGA